UGUUGAACUGUUUCCUCUUAUUUUAUAGGUUGGUCUUACUGGGAGUCAGGUGUGGUGGGCUACAGAUGUGGGUAUUGCCUUCAAGAGGGUGGAGGAGGGCUUUGAAACUGCACUGAAAGACUACAAUAAAAAACAGGUACCAAUGACAGAAGUUGUAAUCAAGGAUUGCAUUCAGCAGAAACUGUGUGUUUGUGAUGUAGAUGUAUCCUGUUUUCUUUUCCCAGAUAACCCAGCUGAACUCACUAAUCCACAUGCUGCUCGGAGAUUUAACUCCUGGAGACAGACAGAAAAUUAUGACCAUCUGCACGAUAGAUGUCCACGCUCGGGAUGUUGUUGCCAGUCUCAUUGCUCAGAAGGUGACGACAGGACAGUCAUUUGCCUGGCUGUCACAGCUACGCCAUCGCUGGGAUGAUGAAACCAGACACUGUUACGUGAACAUCUGUGAUGCCCAGUUCCAGUUCAGCUAUGAAUACCUUGGAAACACCAACAGACUGGUCAUCACUCCACUCACUGACAGAUGCUACAUUACCCUGACCCAGUCUCUCCACCUGACUAUGAGUGGCGCCCCCUCAGGCCCAGCAGGUACUGGUAAGACGGAGACGACCAAAGAUCUGGGACGCUCCCUGGGCAUCAUGGUGUAUGUUUUCAACUGCUCAGAGCAGAUG